CCACCCCUCCUGCACUGGCUCCAUGAGCCAGACAGUUAACCCCAACGGGCUGAAGCAGGCCCUUAAGGAAAGGUUUCCCAGCCCGCCACGGGACCUCCUCUCUCCCAAUGGAGGCCUUGAGGAGUCCCCACCGCCUGCCCCUGCGCCACCUCCCCCACCUCCUCCCCCGCCACCUCCGCCACCCCCACCGCCUCCUCCCCAGCACUUCCCAGUGCCAGCCCAGUUCCCGCCUCCUCCUGCCCCACCCAAAACCUUCACCCCAGGCUUUGUCCCUCAUACUGUUCCCAAACCCAUGUCACCCGUCUCCCCAUUUCCUCCUGCCCCACCUCCUGCUUCCCUGGGCGGCCCAACCCCACCACCACCUCCUCCACCUCCUCCACCUGCAAUCCUCAAGAAGCAGUUCAGCCUCCAGGCGGGCCACAUCUCCGGCCACCCCCCUCCGACUCUCCCCAAGCAGCACAGCCUGUCUAAACAAACGCCCUUCUCCACGGGAGCCGCUCCCACCAUGUCUUUGGUGAAACAACUAGCAAGUCAGUUUCCAGGAGCUCCGUCCCAAAUAGCAAAUAACACAGAGAGCCCAAAAGCCCCCCUCUCUCCACCUGCAGUAAAGACCAAACCAAAAUGGCAGCCUGGCGGUGGCCAACAGCUGCAGUCUCCAGAGUUCCCUCCUCCUCCUCCAGACAGCAACGUUGGCUUCCCUGCCCCUCCUCCUCCGCCACCUCCCCCAGCCCCCAUCACCGGCCCGACUCCACCUCCUCCUCCGCCACCUCCCCCAGCCCCCGUCACCGGCCCGAUUCCACCUCCUCCUCCGCCACCUCCCCCAGCCCCCGUCACCGGCCCGACUCCACCUCCUCCUCCGCCACCUCCCCCAGCCCCCAUCACUGGCCCAACUCCACCUCCUCCUCCACUCCCUCCUGGAAACCUGAGCUCCCCCUUAAGGAGGACACCCUCUGGGUCCUCCAAUUUCGUAGGCAAGAAACCCCCUCCCACCCCACAGAGGAACACCAGCGUCAAGUUCAACGCAUCAGCUUCCUAUGAGGAAUCCAGGAGGAACUUGUUCAGUAAGUUUGCUCCCCAGAACAACGCCCCUCCUUCAUCUCCGUGUCCCUCCUCCUCCUCCUCCACUGGAUCCCCUUCCAAGGACCCUUCAGCUGGACCCCCUGCUCCCCCGAAACCAGGCAAGCUCAACCUGGCCAACCUGCCCAUGGCACUCCAGGCCAAAGUGAGCCAGGUAAAGCAAACCGGUGGUGACUUUCCUGCCCCACCACAUGAGUGCGCCUACUUCCCACCUCCUCCCCCGGCCUCUGAGCUCUUCCCCCCUCCUCUACCUCCUGGUAGUGACGCCCAUACCGGAGGACCUCCUAGGGUAGCCGUGGUCAACCCCCAGCCCCAGGCUCCCCCUCCUCCUCCGCCUGUCUGCCUUGUCAGCAACUCCUCAUGGGGGAAGAGCUCCCUGAAAAAGACUCCUCCACCCACACUUGUGCGGCGUAAUAACACCACCCCGGAGCCCCCUCCACUCUCAUCACCUCCACCCACCUCCCCAAAGGGCAGCUCAGGCCAGCCUAAUUUCCUGGAGGAUCUCAACCGGACACUGAAGCGAAAGUCAGUGGGUCGCCAAAGUUCUCUGAACUCGGCCGGCCUCACGGACAAGUUGGACCCUGCAGGAACUAUGGACGACAUGGCGCUGCCCCCGCCGCCCCCGGAGCUGCUCCUGGAUCAAGGAAAGCAAAGCAAUGGAGGAAAUGGGGGCUACAUGUCUGGAAACAUCUCAGGUUAUGCAACACUACGACGAGGACCCCCACCUGCACCACCCAAACGGGGAGACACUACCAAACUUACUGGAGAGUGUUGAACUCGAAGAUCAGGACACCAUAAAGAUGGAUGAAUAGACAAUGAAACAAUAUAUGGGAGUGAACAUUCAUUCAUGAAAUGGGAGCGAAUUCCUUCCGUCCUCUUGGGAUCACAAUGAUAAAUAGACGACUGUGUAUAUACUAAAACCCAAACCAGACCAUGGUCAAAUAGUGUUUGCUAAUUAUUGCAGUUUUUUUAACUUGUUUGGCUUUCUGGAUCAGUGGGGUUUAUAAUACUGGGACGAUUAAGACUGGAGCAGGUAAGUUUAAGGUCACAGAAAAAUAAAACAGACUUUUAAUUUUCUGUGGUUGUCUAAACUCUCUGGAAGACAUUGUAUUUCCCUGCAUGGUAAGCCCCACCCAUCUGGUACACCAAGCAGAUUUAAAUAAACACUAAUAAGAAUUGUGCAACCAUUACUGGAUCCAGUUCUGAGCCGAACCAUGUUAUCCGCUUCUUUGCCAUAAGUUUGUGCCACAUACUGGAGACAAAAAAAAAAUGACACCACCACAGGAUCUUUCUGCUUUGGUACUGCAUGGACUUCAUGUAAGAACAAGCUGUAAAACAUGAAGUUGUUCUGGUGUGUGUGCAUGAGCGAGAGAGAGAAACUGAGAUGUGCAUACAUGCAUCGUGUGCAUGCAUGUAUAUAUGAUUAUAUGCUGUUAACAGUUAACCAUUAAAGAAGGCCUUUGUAGAGCGGGGACGGUUAGGUUUGCUUUUAUAUGAAAUUAUUUAAUGAUCGAUAAAUGGAAGAAUUUUUUUUAUAAGUCUGUGUUUUAAUAGCUGGUCAACAAAGUCUAGAGAGGAACAAAACAUCAGGGUGCAAUGGAAUGUAUAUGGAAAGGUGUAAUUGGAAACCUGAAUUACACACAGGAAAAAAAACAACAACCUUAACUUUCAAAUCUUUCAAAACAUUUCUAGACUGUUUCACAACUUGGCAAAUGCAAAUCAGAAGGACGCCUUAUCCCCAAAGUCUUGCACAGAGGUCAAAGCAGAAAGGAGAUUUCUUCCAAAGGUUCAGCAGAGUCUGGACUGUGCAACUGGAAAGAAAAAAAAAAACACUCUUUUUUUUUUAUUUUUUUAUUUAAUGGGUUGUAAAUGGAGGAGGAGGCCCGUAAUGGUGUAUCUUCGUGAACUGUGUGAGUUCCCCGUGUGUUGGCUUGAUUUUGGACCUUAUCCUUCAGUUUGUAUCCGUACAGUUGCAGCUGCUACUCCGUUACUGUUGGUUCCCGCCGCCUUCUAAAGUCGCAUCAUAUGACAAUUCAGGAAGUAGAAUGUACAGGUUGGAUUCAGUCAUGUAAAGUAUGCUCAUCUUUCUCCAUGCAAGGUGACCCAGUUGAAAAAUAUACGUUUGUCUGGUUAAUGUACAGAGCGUUAAAUCAUGUAGUUAAUAACGGAAAUCAUAUGACUGGCAUUGGACUGAAUGUUGCUUUUAUCUGUGUGUCUCUAUCAUAUCUUGUUUGUUCACGGUGCCAUUGGUGUACAGGGACUAAAGGUUAUUUGAUUUUUUUUUCUCAUCUGCACAGUGGAUCAUGAAGGGUUAUAAUUUCUCGCAGCAAUGCCUUCAUUUUUACUGUGCUAGUGCUGUGCUUCAGGAACUUCUCAUCAACAUGUCCGUGUGUGCCAGGAUGACAUAUCAUUAAUAUUUCAGACUGUUUAAACUGGUUUUAAAUUGGCUUUAGUGUGAAAAUGUGUGCUUGAAGUGUCAAGAACAUGGUUGUUUCCACUCAAGCCCUGUUUAACAUGAUGUUCUUAUGUCCUACACCACGGUGGUUUGAUCGCCACCUGGAAGGCAGUGUACCUUUUCUUAUAACCGAAUAUCAUUGUCUUUAACAGGAUGUUUGCUACAGUACAGUAUCUAAGUUAUUGAUGUGCUGAUGUGAACGUGGGGCCAAGUGAAAUGAAGAAAAAUGGCUGCAGAUGUGUCCUCUUGCAUAUAAACUGAAAAUCAGAAUAUAAAUGUUCAAACC